ACAAAGAAUUAGAAACCUCUAGUGAAGAAACUACAAGUGAUGAAAUCGCACCCUUAUCAGAUAAUACUAAUCAAACACUAAGUAAUAUUUCUACCUCUUCCACAAAUAAUCGAGCACCUGUUAGAGAUUACCUUUUAUCAACUCCUGAUGGAGAUCCUGAGUGGAAAAUGCAGCACAUUUUAUUAAACAUUAUUUCUUUCAAUCAAGCACAUACUGCGGUCAACCAAACUGAUGCGAUAAUUGAACUUUUAACAAAAAUGAAUAUAGGCCAUAAGCUCUUAGGAGUAACGACAGACAAUGCUUCCAAUAUGAUUGCUAUAGGUUAUGUUCUAAAAGAAAGAAUGCAUAAUGAAUUUAGUAAUAUUAAUGUGCAGCAUUUUUGCUGUGGCAUACAUAUUCUAAAUAUCAUUGUUAAAGAAGGAAUUAAAUCAGUCAGUAAAGAAAUUUCUAAAGCGCGAGAGUUUUCUAUUAGGCUUCGAAACUCUCUGUCACUAAUCAGAGAAUUAAAACAAAUAUUUGAAAUAAAAAAUCAACUAUUUUUAAUGCCUCAAGCUGAU